CCUGCUAAUACAAGUAAUCAUUAUCGCUGACGCUGCGCCCGUGGUCGAAUAUGCAGACAUUAUAAAACAACACCGAGAACGAACAUGUUUCAAUUAUAAAAUAAUGCGAGAACAUAAAUCAAGCGUGAAAUACGUAUCAUGAUGUUAUCAUUAUAAUGAAUCGUGAAAGUGGAACAUAAAUUAUUUUUAUUCAUACUCUUUACUAAGUUAACGAGAUCUGACAAAAUACCUUGACCGUAAAUGACAAUUGAUGUUUAGACAUGUAAGUCAAUAGUUGUAGAGUUUAUAUUUUUGAAUUAUUUCUUAUUUUUUAUAUAAUUUAUAACUUUCUAAAUUGCCGUCGAAAUGGCAUCGGAGCCAGAUAAGACAACGUGUCCUGCUAUUUGUCCAACUGCAGAAAAACCAGAACACGAACCCAAAGUUUAUGCUCAAGCUGGAGAAUCUAAAGGUUCAGAGAAUCCUCACGCUUCUCCUUAUGUACCAGGACGCAUAAAACCACCUGGAAAGAAAAUGUAUCCUCCAGGAGCACCACCAAGGUAUCUUCCUCAGCCAACAGAUAGCACUAGUGGUGAUAUUCUUGGAAUGGGCCCAAUUGGACCAUGGGCACCUGGACAUGUGGAUUGGACACCUCAAGCCGGCAUGACAGGUGUAAGACCAGUCGUUGAUAAAUAUUCAAUCACAAGAUAUUCCACCGGGGAAUGGAGAAAACACAAUGAAUUUAUGCUCACACCUUUUGCAACAGAUAAAGGUAAAUCUUUAGAAAUAAAAACUAAGAAAGAUGUUGCAAAUGCGUUUCAAGCAAUGGAAAAUAAAGAAACAGAGUCAAACAAACUAUUGAAAAAGAGAAUCAAAGACCUAACGCAUUGGAAAAGAGAAGUCGAGAAAGCUAUUGGUGCUAUGACUAAUGAACUUGAAGUUUUAGAUGAAGAGAGAGCAAGGUUAAAAGGGGCUUCCAGAAUUCUGAAUUUACCAGAGGCGAUAUCGAGGGAAUGUUUGGAGUUACGUACACAUCGUUAUGAACCCGAUUUAGUAAGGGAUGACGCCGAGCAAGAGUUGAUCAAAGAGGUUGCAAUUGUUGGGGAAAUUCGACGAGUUUUUAAUAAAAUGUUGCAGCAAGUUCAAACACAGAUGUCAAUGAAUAUAGCUGCGAAAUCGGCAAUUGAAAUGGAUUGGAGCAAUAAAAUGAUCAGUUUGAAAUUAGAUAAGAUGAAUCUAAGUAUGACUCCACAUUCUAAUUUAAUCUUGAAGCACCCUGGUGUUGCAAGGUGGCCAGAAAACGCUUCUACGUUAGAUUAUUGGGAACAUUAUUGUAAAGAAAGUAUAAAACAAUGUGAAGAAGUGAGACAGCGAUCUGAGGCCUUGAGAGAAAAUAUACUAAUUACAAUCACUAAUGGAGGACGAGACAUGAAGUUACAAGCUGAAAGAACGAACGUGGCUUUAGCAGAAACUGUGGCUGCCACUGAACAAUUGUGCGAGAAACUAGAAGAAAAUUUGAAGGAUAAUUUACAAACUAUAGCGAACGUUGAAAAUUUGAUUGAUGAACUCAAAGAAAAGCUUAGGGAAAGUAACGAGAAGGCUAAAUUGGUAAUGACUAGACUUCACGCUAGAAAUUAUGGUCGUCUUGGUGUAGAAAAUUGUAGGGAUGAUGCGCAGUACAGUUUGAUAGCCGAAGCAAAAUUUAUAAAAGAAACUUGCGAAAGCUUGAAAGAUAAAACGAGAGAAGCAGAGGCUGUUAGAUCGGAACUCAUGAAGUACAGAGGAGAACUAGAGAAAGAAAUAGCUUGCAAGCGGAAAAGUCUGAAUAUAGACAAGGACAGGUGCGCAAGAGUGCGGGCUCAUAUGCCGAAGUCAGAAGAGUUUGCAGCUGGAUAAAAUCAAUAAAAAAACAAUGUUUAAAAAGAUGUAUUAACUUCUUUAUAGCGUAUAGCGUCAUUUUAAUAGUUCCUUUAAUUGACUAGAAUAAUAUUAGUUUUCGAACAACUCAGAAACAUUAUUUAGCCCAACACUAAGUAGAGCUUAAACUAUGGAAAUCAAAAAGUAAAAAUAUGAAUACAGCUGCGCAAAAAGACAAUAGACAUACUGAUAUAUAUUCUGUGUAAAAAGUCAUUAUUGAAUUUUAUUUUUUUACGGCGGUGUAUUACUGUACUCAAUACUCAUGUCCUCUAUGUCCCUUAUGCUGACAAAGUAGGGCAUUUGAAUGUUUGGUUAAUUUCUGACCGCGGUUUUCCUUGGACGUAUUUUGGCCCCUCCUUGAUUUAUUCCUAUUCCUAAAAAUGGGAUUAACCUUUCUGAAUUAAAUUUUGUGUUUAAACUAAAUUA